CUAGUAGCGUCAACGAUUGUCGGUCAAGUUUUAUUGAUUUGAUACUCGUAUUUCAGAAAAAAACAUCUUUUAGCUAGUGUAAAAUGGCAAGCUCGUCUCGAAGUGUACCCGAUGAUUUAGAUUCAACAGUCCUCAGACAUCAGGUUCAAAGAUAUUUUAAUGAAUUGAGCCAAGAAGGACCUCUUAAUAUGGAAUUUUUAAGUAUGAAGAGAAAACCAGCCAGUAGUGCUGUCGCUACAGCUAUGCGGACUUCUACAUUUGAUUCCCACCUCCCCAAGAAAAUGUGCUUUGAUUCUAGCGUUGCAGAAGAAAUUUCUGUUACAGCAGACUCUUCGUCUUUUGCAAGAAAAGGUGUAGCUGAUUCCUACAGUCAAUCAUAUAAUAAGCCAACAAAGGUAGACAUGACAGCUCAGUAUGAACAAAAACUUUCAGAGAAGCAGGCAAAAGUUCUUGAAUUGCAACAGAAAAUUAUUCAGACAGAAAUGAAAUUUAAUACUUUACUGACAACAAAGGAUCAACUUGAUCAUGAUCUAUCAAACUUAAAAGAUACUUGUAGGACAAAAAUCAAGCACUAUGAAGAUAAAAUUGAAAACCUUCAGGUAAGCCCACUGCAUUUUGUCAAAUUUUAAAUACAACAACUUUAAAGACAACUGUAGCUGAAUAAAUACAAUAAGACGGUUAUGAAAACAAGUUCCUUUUGGCUGCACGUUCGUAUCUGGUUCUGUUUACUACAGAAAGGGCAGAAGAAUUUUUAAUCGACAAGUCAUCAUCACAUUUAUCUCCCUUCUCACAAUUUUUCUUUCGUGUAACUUUAACACAAUAAUUUUCUUUGUUUUCAUCAUCUAUGCAUAUAUCUUGGUUGCCCUUACUUUUCACUUUCCUUGGUUUAU